ACUGUGUAAUAAACAGACUGUGUAAUAAACAGACUGUGUAAUUAACAGACUGUGUAAUAAACAGAGUUUGUAAUAAACAGACCGUUUUACUGUUUGAUAAUUUUUCACUCAUGCAGAAACGUCACGACCUUUAAGUGAAGCGUCACAAAUUUUGAUCCAUGCCUACACCCGAGGCCGUAGCAGUGAGAAUUCUUUGUAAUAUCAACGCCGACUAUGACAAGGACCUUCCUUUCUUCCCAGUCAUAUUCCCCCCAAAAUACGCGACUCGAAUUCACUAAUAGUGCCCUUUGCUUGGCGAAGGAACAAUCAUUACCUGUUUUAAACGUGAGAGAUGUAACGCCGGGGUGGAUCCCAGAACUGUCCGGUUAUACAUGUAACAAGAGAUGUAACGCCGGGGUGGAUCCCAGAACUGUCCGGUUAUACAUGUAACGUUGACCGAAGCAACUCACAGUACAACACACUCUUGAUCUCUCUAUUGAAAAUUCGGCUUUCACCCAUCGUAUCACGUGGACAACGGAAGCCCUUGUUCCUGGUUCUCAAUGAAUAUACAUUUCUUGACAUCCGUCACGGAUAGCACUCUUCUCAUCAAGGCGACAUGGUGGCGUGGGGAAUCAGGCGAUGUAUUUUGAAACAAUUGGCCGUUCCAUUUCGAAUUGAAAAUCUCAUUUACCUGUCUGCGACCCUGUUGACGAUUAUCGUGAUGCAGACGAUAUUUCUGACUCGAAAAUGGACUCAUCCCGUACAGAACACAGCUACAGUAAACCAGGAAAUUCCUAGUACAAAGGUUUCGAAAUUUCCGUCAGCAAGCUAUUCUAUGGAAUCUACUACCCGUCAAACCCUUGUAUCUCUACGACCUGAUGUGUGCAAUGAGUGUUUCGUUCAUGAUUAUUCGUAUAUUAUGGAUAAUGAAGACAUCUGCAGCACAGAAGGGAACAUGACAAAGGUUCAUACACUGGUGCUCAUUACUACUGCGCAUCAGAAUACCGACAGAAGGGCAGCGCUGCGUGACACGUGGUUAUCCCUGACGCGACAAAACACUGCUGACGUCAGAUAUGCCUUUUUGCUUGGAUUUACACCUAAUAUUAAAAUACAGAUAGCUGUGCAAAGAGAAAACCUAUUUUAUCGGGAUAUCAUUCAGGAAGACUUCAUAGACACUUACCAUAAUCUGACGCUAAAAACUAUGAUGGGAUUUAAAUGGGCCAGCACUAAAUGUAAAGACGCCAAGUUCGUCAUGAAAACAGAUGACGACAUGUUUGUGAAUUUAAUAUCAUUGAAAAAGAUUAUUCGCAAGAAUGAGAAUACUCUACAAAAAUCGAUCGCCGGUUUUUGUAAUUUGAUUCGCAUUCCAAUCAGAGAAAAAUCGUCUAAAUGGUAUAUGUCGUACGAGAAUUAUCCCCACAAAAAGUAUCCUGUUUAUUGUUCGGGCACGGGGUACGUGACGAGUAUGAAUGUGGUACACAGAGUGUAUAACGUGUCCAAAAACAUCCCCUUCGUUUUUCUGGAGGAUGUAUAUGUUUCCCUCUGUAUGAGGAAACUCGGGUUUAACAUGAUUCAUAUGGAGGGCUUCAAUACGGUACCUUUGAAGCCCGGAUGUAUGUACAAAACAAACAAGAUUGUAACAAGUCACCGGGUGCCUCCUAAAAUUAUGCGAAAUAUAUGGAGAAAUUGCAAGGACAAUAACACCUCUUCAGCGCCUUAA